AUGCAAUUAUUAUUGUCAUUUUUUCUUUCUCUCUCCGUAUUUCGAUGCAGUUUCUUUUCUUUUUAUUCUUUUUUCGUUUUCCCCCUUUUCUUUCCAUUUUCUCGUUUCCUUUUCUUGUUUCUUUCGUCUCUAUUCUUUUUCUUCCUCUUUAUUUUUUUCUUUCUUUGUCUUUUUCUUUUGAUUCUUUUUCUCUUUCUUUUUCUUUUCAAUUCUCUUUCUUUUUCUUUUCAUGUCUCUUUCUUUUUUCUUUUCAUUUCUCUUUCUUUUUCUUUUCAUUUCUCUUUCUUUUUUCUUUUCAUUUCUCUUUUCAUUUCUCUUUCUUUUUCUUUUCAUUUCUCUUUCUUUUUCUUUUCAUUUCUCUUUCUUUUUCUUUUCAUUUCUCUUUCUUUUUUCUUUUCAUUUCUCUUUCUUUUUCUUUUCAUUUCUCUUUCUUUUUUCUUUUCAUUUCUCUUUCUUUUUUCUUUUCAUUUCUCUUUCUUUUUCUUUUCAUUUCUCUUUCUUUUUUCUUUUCAUUUCUCUUUCUUUUUUCUUUUCAUUUCUCUUUCUUUUUCUUUUCAUUUCUCUUUCUUUUUUCUUUUCAUUUCUCUUUCUUUUUCUUUUCAUUUCUCUUUCUUUUUUCUUUUCAUUUCUCUUUCUUUUUUCUUUUCAUUUCUCUUUCUUUUUGUCUUCUUUUUCCUAUUCAUUUCUUUUUAUUUUCUUUCUUUGUCUUUUGUCUUUGAUUCUUUCUUUCUAUCUUUUCUUUUUCAUUUCUCUGUUUUAUCUUCCUUUUUCUUUUUGUCUUCUUUUCCCCGAGUCAUUUUUUUUAUUUCCUUCUCAUUUCGUCUUUUCAGUUUUGUUCUUUCUUUGUGCCUACUCUUUUUCUUCUUUUUGCUUUUUCUUUUUCUCUUUUUCUCUAUUUUUGGUUUUCUCCCUUCGUUUUCUUCUCUUUCCCUUUUCUUUUUUUAUUCAUUUUCAUUUCUUUUCUUCUUUUUCUUUUUUUUUCAUUUUCUUUUCUUUUUUUUUGUUUCCCCCUUUUUGGCUUUUCUUAGUUUUUCUAUAUAUUUUUUUGCUUUCUCAUUUCUUUUUCUUCUGUUUUCUUUUCCUUCUCUCUUCCCUUUCUUCUCUUUUCAUUUCUUACUUCGAAGUUAA